AUGGUUAAAAUCGCCAUCGCCGGCGGCUCGAGCGGAGUCGGACAGGAGGUUGCAGAUGCUCUUGCAGCCACAAAAAAGCAUGAGAUUUUGCUCCUUACACGCAAGUUCCCCGACGGCACCGAGCCCGUCCAAGAUGGCGCGACUUGGGUCCACGCCGACUACACAGACACAUCGCAGCUCGCUUCGGUCCUCCAAGGCGUCCACACCGUCCUGUCGUUCGUCAUCUCGGCAACCGACGGUAGGCCCAAAAGCGACGAGCAGCGAAACCUCGUCGAUGCUGCCAUCCAGGCCGGAGUCAAGCGCUUCGCUCCCAGCGAGUGGGUCGGCUGGAACCUGGAUCCCGUGCCUUGGUACCAGUACAAAAAGGACAUGCGGCAGUACCUCAAGGAGGUGAACAAGGACAAAAAGGUUCUCGAAUACUGCCUCUUCCAUCCCGGCUUCUUCACCAACUACCUCGUCUACCCACACCAGACGAGCAAGCACGUCAGGGCGUUUGAGAACAUUCUCGACUUUCACAACCGCCGCGCCAUCGUCGCCGAGGGGAGCGAGAAGGCCCGCAUCACCAUGACCACCGUGAGCGACUUUGCUGCGGUCACGGCACUUGCGGUGGAUUAUAAAGGCGAAUGGCCGGUCGUCGGCGGCAUUCGGGGGGAGGACAUCAGCUUGGGAGAAUUGCUCGCGCUAGGGGAGCGAGUCCACGGCAAGUCUGAUUCUCUCGACAUGAAAGACCUCGAGGCUGGGAUUAUCAAGGCCUCCUGGAGGCCUGUGACGGACCAUCCCGCGCUCCCCAAGGACCUGACCGAAGCAGAGAACGACUUUAUGAUCGCGCGGUUUGCCAUGGCCAUCGAGGCCGAGGUGUAUGCGGCGUCUGACGAGUGGAACAAGCUGUUGCCAGACUACAAAUUUACCAAGGUGGAGGAGUUUGUGAUGGACGAUACUGGCGUCAUUUUUACCGUUGUCGUGAGGGGUACCCCAGCGGAUGGCGUCGUGGCAUCCACUGUUGAAAUGUCAGACGCCAUGAUUUCUCUCGGUAAAGUAGCGACGGCCCUUGCGGCGCUGGUCUCUGUGUCGAAUGGGCUGCAGAGGUUCCCCGAGUCACCAAUCGAUCGUUAUGAACGAACGCAUGAGCCUCAUCUCGCACGUCGACAAAGCUCGGGCAAUCCGCUGACGCGGCUGUACCCAGAGUACAACCUCUCGGUGCCCAUCGACCACUACCACAACGAGACCAAGUACGAGCCGCACAGCGACGGGACGUUUCCUCUUCGGUACUGGUUCGAUGCGCAGUUCUACAAGCCCGGCGGGCCGGUGAUCGUGCUCAGCGCGGGCGAGACCAGCGGCGUGGGCCGGCUGCCGUUCCUGCAAAAGGGCAUCGUCUACAUCAUGGCCAAGGCGCUGGGCGGGGUGGGCGUGAUCCUGGAGCACCGCUACUACGGCACCAGCGUCCCGACGGCCGACUUCAGCACCGAAAGCCUGCGGUUCCUGACCACGGAGCAGGCGCUCGCCGACACGGCCUACUUUGCGCAGAACGUCAAGUUCGAGGGCCUCGAGGACCACGACCUCAGCCCCGCCGCCACGCCCUGGAUCGCCUACGGCGGCUCCUACGCCGGCGCCUUCGUGGCCUUCCUGCGCAAGGUGUACCCGGACGUCUUCUGGGGCGCCAUCUCGUCGUCGGGCGUGCCCGAGGCCAUCUGGGACUACUGGAAGUACUUUGAGGCGGCGGCCGUGUACGGACCGACCGAGUGCGUCGAGACGACGCGGAAGCUGACGCACGUCAUCGACAACCUCCUCCUGGGCAGGGCGGGCGACGACCCGGUCGCGCAAAAGGUCAAGGCCGCGUUCGGGCUCGAGUACGUCAAGCAAAACACCGACUUUGCCAACGCCAUCAACGGCGGCAUCUACGGCCUGCAGGGCUACAACUGGGACCCGGCGACCGGCAGCGGCACCGACAGCUUCUUCCGGUACUGCCGCAACGUGUCGUCCGACGACGUCAUCUACCCGGCCACGACGGCGCGGCGCGACGCGGUGCGCGACAUCAUCACCGAGGGCGGCUACGCGGACGAGCUGGGCGUGCUCGAGACGCGCAUGCUCAACUACAUCGGCUACGUCAACCUGACGACCGUGUCGCGCUGCACGGCCCGGGACAAGUCGACGUGCUUCGACAGCUACGACCCGGCGUCGUACCAGAGCGACACGCUGCGCGACACCUGGCGCCUGUGGCAGUACCAGGUCUGCACCGAGUGGGGCUACCUGCAGACGGGGUCCGGCGUGCCCCAGGGCCAGCUGCCGCUCAUCUCGCGCCUGGUCGACGUCGAGUACAGCACCAUCGUCUGCCGCGAGGCCUUCAACCUGACCGCCGAGGCCGACGUCGCCAACAUCAACAAGUACGGCGGCUUCGACCUCAGCUACCCGCGCCUGGCCUUUGUCGACGGCGAGUGGGAUCCCUGGCGGGCCGCCGGCGUUCACGCCAUCGGCCGCCCCGUGCGCAACUCGACGCUCGACGAGCCCGUGAUUCUGAUGCCCGAGGCCGUGCACCACUGGGACGAGAACGGCGUGUUCCCCAACGAGACGGUGCCGGGACAAUUUCCGCCCCUGACCGUGUCGGGGACGCAGAUGCAGAUGGUGAACUUUGUCGAGGUGUGGUUGGACGAGUGGAAGGCCAAGUUGUGA